AUGCAGUCUAACCCAGCUCUUUUGGCCUCCUUUCUACUGCUGCUGCCCCUGGUGCUUCCAGGACAGCCUCAGCUGGUGAGAAGUCUAUUAAACUCCAUGGAUGAGAGUGGCACUUUCCAGUGUGUGGUCCAUCUACCCAACAACUCUAUCUUCCUGCAACAGCUGGAACAGCUACAGAGUACAUUACAGGAGCUCAUUGGCAAGUAUGAACAAGAGCUGUCCAGGGCCAAGGGAUAUGUACUUGACAUUGAAGAUCAAGACAGCCAGACUCCAGAACUGAGUCACAUGGUGGAGUCCAGGAAUCUUGGUGUCACUGUGCCCCAAUAUGACAACCCAGCUUUCAAACUGCUACGCUUGGAGCUAGAAGGAGCACAGGAGCUGGCAGCCCAGCUUAAGGCUAAUGGAGGUGUCAGUGGGGCCACAGACCUCCUCCAUCAACUUCAGAACCAGGUGACCAAUGCCAGUCUGACCCUGAAGCUUCUGGUCGACUCUGACCGCCAAAGCUUUCAUGCUUUGCAAGAGGAAGUGGACAUUCUUGAAGGCCAACUAAGUGAGUGUGAGAGGGAAAAGGAACAGGAACAGUCCUCCAGACACCCUGGUCCACCCCUGGCUCCUGGUUCCUGCGCUCAUGGAGGCCUGCAGAAAGUGAGCAGACCCCUUGUAGUAAAGCUCAAUUGGAGGGGUUUAUCAUAUAAGGCAGGUGCCUGGGGUCGCGACUCAGCACCCAAUCCAGCUUCUUCCCUUUACUGGGUGGCUCCUCUGCGUGCUGAUGGCAGGUACUUUGACUACUAUAGGCUGCACAGAUCCUAUGGUGACCUGGUGCUGCUAAAGCACUAUGAGCAGUGGAAGAUGGGCUAUGGUGACGGCAGUGGCAAUACCGUGUACAAGAACUUCAUGUACUUUAACUACUAUGGCACAAGAGACAUGGCCAAGGUGGACCUUUCCUCCAACACCCUAGUGCUGCGACGCCCACUGCCUGGUGCCACCUACAACAACCGCUUCUCAUAUGCGUGUGUGCCUUGGACUGACAUAGAUUUUGCUGGUGAUGAGAAGGGACUGUGGGUAUUAUAUGCCACAGAGGAGAGCAAAGGCAAUCUGGUUGUUAGUCUUCUCAAUGAUAGUACCUUAGAAGUUGAGCAAACCUGGUAUACCAGCCAGUAUAGGCCUGCUCUUUCAGGGGCCUUCAUGGCCUGUGGGGUGCUCUAUGCAUUGCGAUCACUAAGCACUCGUCAAGAGGAAAUAUUUUAUGCUUAUGACACAACUACUGGGCAGGAACACCACCUCAGCAUCCUGUUGGACAAGAUGCUGGAAACUCUGCAUGGCAUCAAUUAUUGCCCUUGGGAUCACAGGCUCUAUGUUUAUAACGAUGGAUUCUUAAUAAAUUAUGAUCUCACCUUCUUGACACUAAAGCAAAAGGUACCAGGCUCUCCCAUGAAAAAGCCUUCUGGGGCUCCAACUCCAUCCAAACUUAUCAAGUCCAACAAGCCAUAGGAGACUCCAUGACUCACCAGGGUCCUACUAGAAGUAUGUUCUCUUCCUCCCCUCUAGAAGAACAACUCCCUCAAUAACUAUCCAUCCAAAUGAUUGAAGUACACCGGUUUUGUUUUGUAUGUAAUCAAUAUCUCAGUCAACACAUUAAAGUGCUAAUAAUGGCCUGGAAGGAUUUGACUAAGAAACAAAAUACAUUGUUAGCUAGGAAGGGUUCGGGAGGCAGUUGAGUGUUGAAUCAUGUGUUUAGCAUGUACCAGGCCCCAGAUUCAAUGCCUAGC